UCUUCAUCGCCGUCGCCGUCGCCGUCGCGUGCGCGACCGCCAGAGACUUUCCGCGGAAAAACCGCGAAAACUACGUCACGAGUGACGGAUUCGGUCGAAACUGGGACAAAGUGCAGUGCACUCUGGCAUUGCGCUUUACCACCAGGUGUUUCUAUGCCGUAAUCUUCCCAGGAUUGGGUAAUACUCGUACCGUUGCGCCUCGCUCUCUCGAAUAACCCGGAGUUACAUUCUCUCCGUCUUUCUCUCCGUCUGUCGCGCGCGUAUCGCGAAUUGCUCCAACUGACAGCGCACCUGACAGAGAGACACGGGUAUCGACGACGGAGAGAGAGCUGACGGCUGACGAGUAAAGGAGGCAUCGAACGCACAAAAGACUCCCGUUAGAUGACGGAUUCAGUAUAGCCCUUCCGCUUGAUAACAUGUCAGAUGGGGUUGAUGGUGGUGGUGGGGAAAACGAGGUAGACUCUCAUUCCUCUUCGCAUGCCGAGGCUGGAGACUCUUCUAAUCACAGAGAGGAAGAGACGUUAGAUCCUGAUAACGAGGCAGCACUCAAUACCAAUUAUGAUAGUAGCGACGGAGCUGUUCCUGCAUUUAGAUGUGAUAGGUGUGAUAAUUAUGAAACUAUAAACAAGACAGCUUUCUCCGCUCAUCAAGAUCAAUGUCUGGCAAGCGGCGAGGCCGGAGAGAGUGCUGAAGGUAUAGAAGGGGCAGAGAAUGAAGGAGAUGGGGAAGAGGGCCAUUCAGGGAUGAGGUCACACAGAAAGAUGUUUGAAUGCGAUGUCUGUAAUAUGAAAUUUUCAAAUGGAGCUAACAUGAGACGGCAUAAAAUGAGGCAUACAGGCGUAAAACCGUACGAAUGUCGGGUAUGUCAGAAGAGAUUCUUUCGGAAAGACCAUCUUGCGGAACACUUUACAACACAUUCAAAGACUUUGCCAUACCAUUGCCCGAUAUGUAACCGUGGUUUUCAAAGGCAGAUCGCGAUGCGCGCUCAUUUUCAGAACGAACAUGUCGGUCAGCACGAUAUGGUCAAAUCGUGUCCUCUCUGCAACUACCGUGCAGCGACUAUGAAAUGUCUUAGAUUGCACUUCUUUAAUAGACAUGGAAUAGAUUUAGAUAAUCCAGGACCAAAUAGCUCUACAUCCUUAAUGAAUAGUUGCACAUCCGGAGAAGCAAUGCCUUCGGCACCUCUAUCCGAUAGCGGGGACAGCACUGGCAAUCGUUCGACCGACAAUGCUACGCCUCCUAUGCAUUUUCUCACGCCUCACGUGGAGAUAUCCAUUCCUUACCCCGAACAGGCUGCCAAUCAGCGAAAUUCGAGUCCUGCGCCAUUGAACGGAGACAGUCCCAAUAGCCCGCAGAGCGCCGAUAGCAAUAGCAACGCGCCGAGCAGUAGUCAUCAUCAAUUAGCUAUAAAUAGUAGCACCAUUCAUAGAAACGUAGGCGGGGGUGACGAAGCGAUUACACCAUCGAUUUCUCUGAUACCCAUCAAACAGGAACCGAAUAGCAACGGUAUGGACGAUAGUGGGGCGACGUCGAGCAACCUGUCGUUACCAUCGCUGAUCAAAGUAUCGCCGUUGAAGUCGCUGUUGCGCGACGAUUUACGCCGUAAGCUUUCCACCAAUUCUGCCAAUAACAACAACAACAGCAAUAACAGUGGCUGCGGCGGCGCCAAUCCGCAUUCGAGGGGUGAACCACCCACCUCGACUAGGCCGGAUCCACGCACGAGCGGACUCCAAUGUACUCACUGUCGCAUUACAUUUCCGGAUCAGACGUUAUAUUUUCUUCACAAAGGUUGUCACAGCGAGAGUAAUCCGUGGAAGUGCAAUAUUUGCGGGGAGCAGUGCUGUAAUCUGUACCAAUUCAACUCGCAUUUACUGAGCAAGAGUCAUCAGUAGCUGGGAAGAGAAGAUAGAAAGAGAGGUACUUGCGACUAAAAUUCGUCUUUACUCUUUUCGUUUCUUCUUUUCUCCUCCCACUUCUUUGCUGAACGAAAGAAAAUGGCAGGGGAAUCGGUACGUAUGUAGUACGUACGUUCAGUGUUCAUUAGUAUGAAAGUGCAAAUAUUUUUUGCGAUAUGUCCAGGCAUACUCUUAAUCAUAAAAUACUUUCGUAAAUCGGAAGAAUGCGCCCGUCCCUCUUUCCGCUGAAGCAUAACGGCCAGUCAAUCGUAAAUUAUAAAUUUAAAAUUAUUUUUAAAAUUUGAGGAAGAGUAUGUCUGUUCUCUCAGAAAAUAAUGUACAAAGCGCGACAAAUUGUGCCUUUUCUUUAAAAGAGAAAGAAAAUUUCGAGAAAGAAAAAAGAAAUUGCCAACACAUACUCGUCCAUCAUGCUGUUAUAUUGUACGAACUAUCCGUCCAUAGGGCUUUAUUGAGAUAUUCCGAGCUCUAUCAUUAGUCUUAAAUUAGUGAAAUAAGUAUAGAAACGCACGACAAAGCUCGUCGCGGAUUGCCCUGUCGAUAAUUGUGAGAAAUAAAAUUAUAUAUAUGUAUAUAUAUAUAUAUAUAUAUAGCUGCGCGUUGUACUUUGUCGAGAAAGAAAUUAUAAAAUUUCUGAUAAAUAGAAAUUAUCUAGUUCGUCUAUGCGAUUUGAAUGCUUGAAAUAAACGCGACGACAUGAAUAUCUAGUAUAUAUAUUUUAGAGGAAAAAGAAACGCGUUUAUUAUUGUUCCAAAGCAAGCCCUUUGAAAGGCAAAAGAAAAUAAAGUAGCUAAAACUGUACACACGCACUUGAAAGAUAUACGUAUCGAAUUUAUAGCACAAGAACGACACCGUACUGAUAAUAAAAAAAUUUACUCUUGUAUGAAUUUAGAAUUUUUUUGGAAAAGAUGAUUAGGUUGUCAAGACAAAUUUGAAAAAUCUGAAAACGUCAUAUUAGUCGGAAGUCGACAUCGAGUACAUCCCUUAUCGAUACACUUGGAUACCGAUGGAUUACGAUAAUACUUCGUUGAUUAUGAUACAGUGUCGCUUCGAGGUAUUAUUCGGUUAAUCUUUUUUUUUUUAAUAGAAAUGUGUCGCGUUUGUUGCAUCAGCGAAAUCAAUAUAAAAUUGAGAGAUGAAAAAUGUACAGGGCACAAAUGAGCUAAGCUGGACAUGCGUUAUUAAUUAUUAAAAUACGAAAGGAGCAAGUUCGAGAGAUGUGACUUUCAGCUGAAAAGUCGUACUGUACCGAGCAGACAGAUAUCUCGAUGUCGAUCUGAUUUGGCCGAGGUCAUUUCUCUCCAUCUUUCGCCUUUGAUUUGAUAAAUAUUUUAUAUAUAAAUAUUUGUACAGAAAAAAAAAGAAAGUAUUAGAGGAGAGAAAGCACGAAAGGAGAAAAUCGAGAUAGCAAAUAUAUAUAUAGUAUAUAUAGAAUACAUCUACAUGUAUGUGUAUACAUAUACAUAUAUAUGUACAUGCAUAGAGUCACACAGCACAGACACACAGAUAUCUGUACACACACGGAUAUUAUAUAUACAUACAUAUUGUAUAUAUAUAAUUAUACCGUUUCAAAAAGACGGAGAGAUAUACAUAUACAUACACUGCGAACACAAACCCACAUACACUACUGUAAAUGGUUAUAGUUAUUUAAAAUAACUAUUCUGUAUAUCGCGUAGUAUUUAAUACGAUCAUAUAAUUAUUUAUUAGAGUCUAAUUAAUUUAUUAUUGCUUUGCAUUCCACAAGAGAACCGAGACCACGGGACUAUAGAAUUAAAUAAGCGAAUAUAUAAUAGAGUUAACGGUGCUUUUAUAACAAAACCGAUCGCGUUAAUAUAGUAAUUUAAUGGGCAAACUUUUACGAGUUAAAAAAAAAAGAAUGAGAUCCAUCGGACAGAUCUCGCAAAUAAAAGUGGGUAUACAUUGAGCAAACAAACAAUAAAUGCGAAUUUUCAAACAUUCGUUGUUUGUUUCUUUUCGCAUUGUAUCUAACAUUUAUUGUGGGUUGUUUUUUUUUUAUUCACACUGCACAUAAAUUUUCUUUAUUGUAUCACCUCAUGAGCGAUAGAUACAAACGCUAACCGAAGAUUCUGUUUGUAAUCAUUACACAUAUUUUCCGAACUUUAACAGCGAACAUUCACAUUCGUUAUUCGUUAGCUUAGUGUAUACCCAGCUUAAAACGAAUGCAAUGUACACGAAUUAUCUCUUUGAUCGAUAUACGUAUUAAGAGCUGUCGCGAAACUACCACUAUUUUGUAUGCAAGGCACGUAUAUUCAUUAUUAUUACUAGAACACGUUCGUCAUCCACACUUUCGAUCCUUAUUAAAGCAUCAUUGACGUACAAAUCUUUUUAGAUACCUUUACAAAAAAAAAAAAAAAUGCGCGCGCGCGCAUUCGUCGUACUCUCGCGCGGGUCCUCGGGAGCGAAGUCGUGAACAAAAAAAAGUGCCUGAUUGGAAGUAACGUCUCAUCGAGAACGAAAGAGAAUUGUGUGUAUUUGUGUGGGAGGAGAGGGAAGGAAAAACGAAGGGAUAUGAUCCAAAAGGGAAGGAAAGAGGCCAGAGACGCAAUUGUCGAAAAUAUAUGGACCAGGAGCGUGUGUGUUAACCCGUGUUCACCGUAUGUGCUUACCGCUUUAGCGUAUAUAGCGAUGCCUUUACACUGUGAUCACGUUUACAAAGAAAAAAAAUAGUCUUAAAGCUAGAAGAUAGACGUAAAGGUAUUAUAUCUUAGGGCAAGCGAGAGUACGACGAGAGAGGCGCAUGGCCUCGGGAGAGUAUGUGGUAAGACGGAUGUUAUAGGUACCGCAUCCUGAUCCACCCGCACCUUCCCCUUUCGAUUAUCCUUUCCCCUCCUUCCCUCCUCCUUCACACUUAUUUAUAUGACAUACGAAUAAAGAUAUAUUUAAAUCGAUAAGAGAAUGGAAUAGAAAAAGAAAAAAAAUAUUGUUGAUGUUACUACGGUGUAAUGGGUACAAUCUAAAUACAUGAACAUUAUGUAUAUAAGGAAUAGAAUGGAGAAAUUUUUUUAUCAUA